AUGGCAGUGUUACAGGCAUACCAGGCUGACCUGUUGAAGGACUUGAGUGUGGGCAGUACAAUCGACGAGGAAGCGUUCGCUGAGUUUCGUCGGGCCAUAGGUUUGUCUCUCUGUGCAACCAAGCAGAUGGCUCGUGCCAUUGGCCAGUCUAUGUCAGCUUUAGUCAGCACGGAGAGGCAUUUGUGGCUUAAUUUGACGGCCAUUAAAGAAAAGGAACAUUUGUGUCUUUUAGACUCUCCUAUUUCUCCAUCUGGCCUGUUUGGCGAUUCGGUUAAUAUGGUUGUCAACAAGUUUGAGGAAGUAAAGAAACAUGAAGAAGAUUUUGUUCAGUUCUUUCCUUGCCGCACUCAAGGAGAGGGGCCAUCAGCCACCCAGCCUUGCCCCCUUCCUUCAAAAACCAGAGAGGUUAAAAAGCAGAGUGUGGUGGACCGUGAUCCCCCUCAUCAGUUUUCGGCUGUACAUCCGGUCAUUCUUGAGGCCUUCUGCCCUCCGCCGUUCACAACGCCAGAGCAGGAGAAAUCUUAUAGACUGUGUCCAGUCCGUGUUCUUCAGACUUACGUCCACCGCACUAGCCAGUGGCGGAAUCUUGCUCUUAAUGCCUGGGUGGUGCAGUCCUCCUUAGGAAACCCACAGGGAGCUGCUGAACACGCAGUAGAUGGAAACAGAGACUCAAAUUACGCGAAGGGCUCAUGCACCCUCACUAAAGUGGAGUUUAACCCAUGGUGGAGAGCUGACCUUGGAAACGUCUACAGUAUAAGCAAUGUUUCCAUCACUAAUCGUGGAGACUGUUGCAAAGAACGACUCCGAGGAGCUCAGAUUCGUAUUGGUAACAAGCUGGAGAACAACGGAAACAACAAUGAGCUGGCUGCAACUGUUCUUACUGUUCCUAAUGGAACAGUAACGUUUGUGUUUGAGCCGGUUAACGGACGAUAUGUCAACAUAUUUUUACCUGGGAACGAUGAAAUCCUUACUCUGUGUGAAGUCGAGGUGUUUGCAGAAAAGGACAAACCAUUGUACACUUGUGGUCCAAGGAAUCUUGCUCUUGGAGGCAAAGCUGUUCAGUCCACUACAAACAGUGGAUUAGGAGUUGCUCAAAAUGCUAUCGAUGGUAACAGACAGUCAAUUCACGCGCUCGGGUCAUGCAGCGUGACUAACGGGGACAAGGACCCCUGGUGGAGAGUUGACCUGCUGGACGUCUACAGGGUAACCAGGGUUAGCAUCACUAAUCGUGGAGACUGCUGUGAAAAGAGGAUUGAGGGUGUUCAGAUCCGUAUCGGAAACAGCCUGGAGAAUAACGGCAACAAUAAUUUCCUGUAA